ACGGUGGUUGGUUGAAUCCCGGCGCAGCCAGUGGACAUAGGGAAGCACGUGUAUACGGACGUGUAUAUUGACGGGAUCUUGUUCGCGGAAACGUUUGGAACCAUAAAUAUAUAUAAUAGAAGCAACAAACAGGCUUCCAAGGGACAAGAGUGUCCGCGACGUGAAUCCUAACCUCUCUGGUGUACCGAUACGCGUUAUCGCACUCUGUGGGAAAUUCCCUGGAUACAAUACGUCAAGAAGUCAGGAGCUGAGGAAUUCACUUGGUACUCUUGGCCUGUCUUCUUCACUUUAAUUCUCGUAGACGGUGGGCGUGCGUGUGUUUUAUCCCGGCCGUGACAGUACUGUUGGGACUUCGUUCUACUGGCAGUCAUUCCAAGAACAACACGACAAACACUCGCCGGCCCUGACCGCUCGCAGAGACUCGCGAUUAACGCGGGCGCUGCUUAUCGAUUCUAUAUUAUAUCCAUCUCUGUCUUGAGUAUCUUCUUCCUUUUCUUUAUCUUUCUAUUAACUGUGCCGCACUGUGUUUUAUCAAGUGAACUGUGAACGCGUGCACCGACCGGCGUACCGUGAAUUACGUUGAAGUUUCCUCUAACCGGUUAUACUGUGCCGGAGGAAUAGUCUUCAGUUAAAUUGUGACAUACUGAAAGUGAUAAUCAUCGCCGGGGAAUUUACACUCUACGGGACAAAUACGGCACGAGGUAUCACGAUUCUUUCAUCGGCUCGCUGCAAUUUACCGUCCCGUGUUUUAAGGCUGGUUCAAAAUCUGCCUGACUAGGAAGGAACGACUUCCUCGUUGCAGCAGACGGCAAACUCAUUGGACGUGCCUGGAUUUUCGAAGGACUUUAUCAAUUUUUUGGCCUCGUCAGGAACGUGCCAUGAAGAGGCUUUAGUUGGGCGCUUUGAGGGGCGCUCUUGCCCAUCGCCUUGUUUUGUUCCUAGUAAAAAAAUUAUCCACUUACACGAAGAGGAGGCGGAAGUCGUAGCUUCGCUCUUUUCACAACACCAUGGAAUUCUAUGAUGUGGGUAGCGGAGAUCUACGGGAACUAUGGGAAUCAUAUCUGGCGGAGCCGGCACUCGGCCAGGACGUCCUGAUGGCUACCCGCGACGAGGAAUGGGGCAGCGUGCUCUGUCUCAGGGACAAAUCCAGCCUGGGCGUCGUCCUCAGGGAUCGACUGAUGACCGACGCUGCACUUGGUGGACCCAGACCCAUCAAGUCCGAGCACAGUUACAGCCUGCUGACAUCCAGUCCGCCACCGAGUCCUGCCACUCCUGGUGACAAUCCUCACACGCCUAAUUCCGGAUCCACGGCUGGCCCUGAGAAGAUUUCCGGUACCGCUGUUGAACAUCACAAGGCUCUUCAGUUGCGAAAUAGAAUAGAUGACAUGGAGGAGGAAUGCUUCCCGGCCAUAUCUCUUAACACGGCCACGGGACGUGGAUCACCUUCGUCGUCGCAGAUCUCCUCCUCAACUCCGUCCACCGAUCUGGCCCUAGCUGCUAGACUACCACUUGUACCUGAUGCCGGCACGAUGACCCUGACCUGCGAGGAGAUCAAGGGAGAACCUCUUAGCCAGCCCAGCAGUCCCUGCGCGCCCUCUAAUCUAGUGGACUACAAGAACACCAUCGCCGUGGUGGCUCCUCAUCGUUUACACUUCACCAGGAAUCAUCUUGAGCACACGAGCGAUAGCGAGGAGGACGAAGAAGAGUAUUAUCAGGGUAUGGAGCUAGAAGAUUGUGGUGUCAUCAGCAUACCUGGUGACGUCGGUUUACACGCCUCCAGACAAGGUCUACCUCCUACGCCACCCAGCAGCGCGAGCUCUGAUAGCGAGGGUGCUGUAUCGGCUUCCUGUUCACCGGAAAGGAGGGACUCUCAGGGUUCUGGACACGUGCAGAAUCUGCGGGGACUUCUUGCUCCGCGUCUUUAUCUCAGCAACGGGCCGCAUACGCACUCCACAAGGCAGCCCAUUCAUACACCUUUAAUAUCCUGUCAGCCUAAGGGAUCCACGGGAGUGCUUACUCUGACGGAGGAGGAGAAGAGAACUUUGAUUGCUGAAGGAUAUCCGGUACCAACGAAACUUCCGCUCACUAAGCAGGAAGAGAAGUCUUUGAAGAAGGUCCGAAGGAAAAUUAAAAAUAAGAUCUCAGCUCAGGAAUCUCGCAGGAAGAAGAAGGAAUACAUGGAUGGCCUGGAGAGGCGAGUCAUGCUACUGGCCAAUGAAAAUUCUUCUUACAGGGACAGAUUGAACACCCUGGAAGGGACGAAUCGUGAACUCCUCAAGGAGCUACAGCGUCUACAAACUCUUCUGCAAGUUCAGUCUUCCUAAUUAGAACGAGAUAAUCAUUGUACACUGCGUUAUUGCAAUUUAGCUAUUGUCGUUCGGGUCGCGUGUUCCAAUUGUCUUUAGAAACAAAAAAAAGAAGGAACCAAAAGACAAAAGAGUGCCUUGCCUUUGUCCAUCGUGACGAGAAUGAAAAUAUUUUGUGAAACUACAACGCGUAAGACCUUCAACGAAAAUGGAAGCCAAUUACUUAGCUCCACCAAUGUCUUCCUUCAUUUGACACAGUGCGGUACACAUUCUUAUGUACAGUCCUAGGACGACUUUUAAACUUUUAAUGAUAAUCGAGAAACAUCAUGUUACAAAUACGAAUUUAAUUGUAAAUCGAUUUUUAAUGAAAAAAAAAAAAAGAGAAACACGAGUGCCUCCUAUCGCCCUAUCACACUACAGUGUGUUUAAGAGUGUCUUCUAGAGUGGUGUUCAAAGAUAGGACGGCCACUUAUCUCUCAUGAAAUUUGUCCAUUUUUAUUCCUGAGAGUGAGUCCGGGCGUCGAUUGAGCGUAAACUUCUUUAUUUUUUAUUUUUUUUUAAAUAUAAUUAUAACGAAUAGACCAAAAUUUACGGCGCGCCGUAAACGCUUGAAAUUGAUUCCAGGACUUCGUUAUAUAAAUAUACACCUAUAUACUACAUGCGUGAUAUCGUUGUAAAGGUCAAGAAUAUAUAUAUAUUUGUUAUAUCGCGAAUAACUGCUGCGCAUAGUGGUGCUAGGUGUUAUUAGCCUGUAAUAGCCAAAUCGUUAGCUUCUGUGUCGCUGAUUAGAUUUUUCGUUUGAAAUCUGUUUUUUUUUCUUCCCUCUUUGCAUUUGUAAGUCCAAUAAUCAGCGAACAGAUUCUUCUGUUCAGUUCUCUCGCAUCAAUUAGCGAGUGCAGUAGCAGUUACCGAAAACUCGAGACGGUCGGAAUUAUAUUUAAUGCACAGGCAAGCGUAUACAGGGUGUGUUGCGUAAUCUUCCUAUAAAUUUCUAAUUAAGUAAAACAAAAAUGAAUUAAAUCGUGUCACACCCUGUAUAAACCAGACUGUUUCGAGUGGCGUUGCCAAAUAGCCAGGGACGUGCAAAUCAUUCCUUAAUUAAAUAGUGUGCGUGUGCGUGUGUGGACAUAAUUAUUGUGCAUAAAAAUAAUUAGAGAGAAAAAGGAAGGGAGAGAGAGAGAGAGAAUAUUAUAAAUUUAAUAAAUCGCGUAUAAGCGUAUAUUUUGUGUGUGACUGAAUUUUGAUUGUGUGACAAGAAUACACGAAGAUUCGCAGAAUCAA